AUGCCUCCCGAAACCGUCUUGAUUCUCAUCAUUUUUCUCUUCAUAUAUAAGAUGAAGCCCGUGGAAGGUCAAGAUAUCCCACACAUGGAAAGGCCGCGUGGGAGUCCACAAGGGCUAAUCAAACGAAGACGUCGCAACCAGCAUUAUACCUCUAUUUCCGGCUCCGAAUUCCUCCCAAACGCUGCGUUAAGCGACCCCAUCUCUACCCAGAGCUCUUUCCCUCAACCUCUAGUUUUGUCUACACUUACAAGGUCGUCUGUCGCUCACAUUGAGCAAGGGGAUAAAACCGCUGUUGAGGUCACUCCUGUCGGUCUUAGGAGCUCUGGCGUCUCUCACCGUACCACAGGUACUACAAUCAUCAGAGGCGAUCCGGCUGCUACCACCACUGCAGCGCCCAAGGAAAUCAGUGUUUCGAGGACUGGGAAGACUCGCAAAAGCUAUGAGACUGCACCUACCGAUGCGGGAACUACGAGCAAGCAGGGGCCAACGUUUGGCUCAUCAAUCACUGCUUCAAUAACACCUGCUCUAUCUACUUUACCAACAUCGCCCCGCGACAAUCUCGUAGAUGACGUCGAUGCUGGUGUACACAACUUCAUCGGUAGUUCGACUAGCAGUUCCGCAUCCUGGAGUGUCUAUACUGUUUCCCCCUCUACGGCCCCUUUGGCCAAGGUGCUAAAUUUGCCGAGUUCUUAUGCUUGGGCUACAUCCACCGCUUCCAUGCUGGGUAGUUCGAAAACCGGUUCGGACAGCCUCCUCGAUUCCUCGACCAGUGGACCCGCCUCUGCGAGGCCCGAUAAAGUUAGCUACCCUAGCAAUCAAAGUACCAGCUCCAGCGAUUCCAGCAACUCGACUUUUCUAGGCCAAAUCAUGACAAGCUCUGAAUCAGAAUUCUUUGACUUACUGGGCCUGACCGACAAAGCAUCCACUGGAAGCAGCACCACUGCACAUCUAUCCCCUGACACAUCAAAGUCAUCCUCUAGCGAUUCUAGUCCGUCGAGUAUCCCAGUCGAAUUGCUUGCUUCCACAGCUCUAUUGCUCGCACCCACCCCCGCUCCGACUGAGACUUCAGUUUCUGGUGGAACGCUCGACGAAUACAUAUUGGGCGUAGGAUUUCUGCUUAGUGCUGAUUCCCCAGAGGCUAGUUCCACUGCCGUUAGUAUGACAGCGCCGAUGCUCGACGGCAAUGUGCUGUCGUCCGAGUCGAACGUUCUCAUUCCUACUCUGAUUCUCGGAGAUAGUGCCACCGCUUUUUGCCCGACCCCAGCCGCCACCAGCGGAGCGAUUUCAAUACCAAAGACCCGCAAAUCCGGUUAUACUUCCCCCAUUGCUUCUGAAUCUGACACUGGCCCUGGCACUUGCGUUGGCACUAGCACAUGUUCUAGUGUCGCGUGGGCAGCACUCUGGGAAAUCACCGCCUCUGUUCCUAAGAGCGAUUCUCCCACCACUUCUGUCUUCCUACAUGGAUCAACCAGCGAUGUGAACAUAACCAAAUUCCGUGUGAACACCGAGACUUUUCAAUCUAUACUGGCCACGGCUUCUAACUCCGACGAUACUGCCUGGAUGCCAUCUACCCUCCUUUUUUCGCCUGACAUUCCAGCCAUCGAAAGUUCGACCUCUGUUCUGACCGAGAAGCCCCAGCAAACUCCUCUUCCUGGCUCUAUCACUCUAUCGGACGUAGUUACCAAGGCUCCGUCCAACUCGAUCCUGCUUCAGCUUGGAUUUGACAGCCAGCUGCCGUGGCCAUUUGUUGCAACAACCCCUCUGUCAUCAUCACAGAUCUUCAACUAUACCCCUCAGGCUAUUGAGAACGCUUUACCAACUCACUCUGCCAAGAAUAUCGCAGUAAUGUUUGCACUUCAGCCUUACUAUAACUGGCAAACUGCCGGCUAUAACGCUACCCUUGCAAUCUUCUACUUCCCACUUGACAAUGUCAACACACUAAGAGGUCUCAAGGUCAACCCUACAUCUGCUCUUUAUAGCCAGUCAAAUAAGAAUAUCCAGUCACUAAUGGCCAUGGUUGACCCGACAAUCCCUCUCGAGUUCUCUGGUAACUAUCCCAUUGGUGGCAGCAACUCGAACGCCGGCGGCGGCGGCACCGGCAGUGGUCGCAAUGGCAGCCCGGCUAGUGGUAAUAUCUACAGCGAUGGCUCAGCCAGUAAUUUCAAGAUCAAUGCUGGCUCUAUAGGAGUUGUCAUCGGGGCUGUGGCCGGCGCUGGCGCUUACGGUGCCGGUAUGUUCUGGCUUGCCCGUCACUAUCGCAAGAGGAAGCGGUUUCACCAGCGCUCCGGCUCUAGUGUGAAUCACAUGGGCCAGGGUAAUUCAGUUUGUGGUCAGCGUGCCGACAGACGAGUCAGACGUGGACAUGGCCGCUCUCAAAAGAUCAGCGUGCCGACUAUGGCGGAAAACUCGCUAGGGCGGGACUAG